AUGAGAAAUAAAACAAAAAUUAUUAAUGCAUUUAAACAAAAUGGGUCGAGAAUAAAGCGAUUGCGUAAGCCUGAACGGAGUGAUGUCGAUGAAGCGCUGCUUAAAUGGUUUAAGCAGCAAAGAAGUGAUAACGUACCAGUUAGUGGCCCUCUUCUUAUGGUGAAAGCUGAAGAAUUCGCAAAAAAGUUAAAGGAUGAAGAAUUCGUGUGUGGUGCUGGAUGGACUGAUAAGUUCAAGUUGCGUCACAACAUUACGUUCGGUAAAGUGAGUGGUGCAGCCAGGGGUGUAAAUACCGAAACUACAACUGAAUGGCUUACUGCCGUGUGGCCCAGCAUACGUAAAGGAUAUGCAGACAAGGAUAUCUUUAAUGCCGAUGAGACCGGCAUUUUCUUUCGAUUGACACCUGACAGGACACUGAAAUUUAAGGGUGAGAAGUCUGUUGGCGGCAAGUUGUCGAAAGAGCGGAUUACAGCUCUUGUUUGUGCUAAUGCGACUGGAAGCGAGAAGAGGAAAUUGCUUGUGAUUGGAAAGUCAAAAAAUCCUAGAUGUUUUAAAAAUGUGGAAAACCUACCAGUGCGCUACAGUGCUAACAAAAAAUCGUGGAUGACUUCUAGUUUGUUCGAAGCUGAACUCAGGUCUUGGGACCGGGAACUUCAAACAAGGAAAAGAAAGAUCAUCUUGCUUGUAGACAACUGUCCAGCGCACCCUGUACUUCAAAAUCUAGAGAAGAUUAAACUUGUGUUUAUACCUGCAAACACUACAAGCGUAUUGCAACCCAUGGAUCAGGGAGUCAUAAGGAACCUGAAAUGUCACUACCGCAAACUGAUAUUGUUAAGAAUUGUAGAGAGCAUCGAGAAGAAGCAAGAUUACACAGUUACACUGCUGGACGCAAUACGAUUCAUUGAAAAAGCAUGGAGACGAGUAACUACAAAAACAAUUCAGAACUGCUUCCGGCAUGCGGGAAUCUUAUCAACUCAGGGAUUGAAUGGCACUGAGAAUGAGGAUGACACCAAUAAUGACGAUGAUUUACCUUUAACAGAAUGGUUGCGUAAAGUCAAUUGUGAUGAACUAGGUCAGUAUGACUAUGAGGCAUAUGCAACAAUAGACGACAACAUUGUUACAACGGAGGCACAAACAGACGACGAUAUUGUAUCGGAAGUGAAGAAGGAUACAGAGGAGGAAGAUGAGGAGGGAGGAGAAGAAUGUUCCGAAGUCUCCAUCCCUACUGUGAGUGACGCGCUUGAAGCCAUUAGGGUUGUGAACUUGUUUUAUGAAUCCAGGGGAGGCAGCAGUGAAAUUGUGACAAAAAUUAUGGACAUUGAACGUAAUUUAGAAAGUGUGUAUUGGGCAAGUAACAGGAAACAGAUGAAGAUAACUGAUUACUGUAAUACAUUCUCAGUGCUCUUCUGCGGCACCUUCACACCUCAGGUUGGUCUGAGAAGUAACUCUGUACAUUUGUAA